AUGUUGUGGGGAUUUUUUUAUUUUUUUUUCAAAUUAAUUUAUUUUUUCUAUUUCUUUCAGAUGACUUUGUCACCAAUUUUAUCAAUAUUCUUCUUCUCCAUCAGUCAAUUCUCGACAUUUAUUUUUUGUUCAUCACCAUCUUCUCUUCGUUUAAUUAGCCAUAAAACAAAUCCUGGUGUUGCUGCUGUUGUUGCUGCUUCAAAACAAAAAGAACACGAAGAAGAAUUAAUGGAUGAAUGGGCUCCCUAUAGAAUGGCUUUUUUAUUAAUUUUGGUGGCGUCGUCAGUAGCUUUAUGGGCUUCUUAUAAAUUGUUAUGUGAACAUCCAGAUGAUAAUGAAGAGUUACAGCAACGUGUAAUUGCAUACCAACCUUUACGUCAAAAUUGUAAUCAACUAGUUUUAUCGCUUGAAGGAGGAGGUGAAGGAGGACAUGUAGAUGAUGAACACAAACCUUUCAAAAAUUCAAUAAAAAAUUCUUUAUCAUUUUCUUCUAUAUCUUCGUUUGAUGAUGAGAAUGAUUUGACUUGUCUUUUAGUUGGUAAUGAGGAAAUUGUAGGAACAAAAUUUACAGCAACAGCAACAACUACAAGACUUAAAAAAGGUUUAUUGUCAACUGGUAAUAUUUAAAUGACUAAAAAUAAGAAUAUUGAAAAAUUGUGUAAGGUUUCUUUUUUUUAAUUUUAUAAAUAUUCCCGUAGUAGAGAAAAACAAAGCUCUGAUAUUGAACCUUUAAAAAAAAAUUUUUUUUCAUUUUUAUUGGGCUACUAAGAGUUAUUUUGAUUUUUUAAUUUAGAGUCCUCUUUUCUGAAUUUAAUAUUUUUUCUCCAUGGGCCAAGAGCUGAGAGUGAGAUAUUAAAGGAUCUUUUUUCUGAUAUCAUUUUUUCAUAUUGGAGUAGUUUAUUAAUCCUUUUAAGUCCUUGACUUUUUUCUGUCUCGGGACUAAAAUUAAUUAGUUUAAGGUGUCGCUUAAAAAAUUAAUGGAUCGAGAUCAAGGCUUUGUUGUUAAAUUUCUAAUUCCCUUUUAAAUAUCUAAUUUAAAUUUUUUAAUAUAAGUCUGUUUUUGUUCUCAAAAUUGACCCCUUUCUCUUUUUAUAAGUAAUUAAAUAAUUAUUUUUAUAUAAAUAGGGGUUUUUUCGGUUUUUGUGUGAAAUAUCCAGAACAUAAAAUACUGAAAAAUUUUUUUGUUUCCGAACCGAAGAGAAAAAGACCCCUAUUUUAUAAGCUUUUGCGUUCUCUCAUCCCUCCUUUACUUUAUCUCU